UUUAUUUAAAAAUCUGUCAAGAGAGACGAGGAAAGCUAUAGGGACUCACCUACAUAGGCCUAAUUCUAUCGAAAACGUUUGCAGUGGCGGUGACUCAACGAAGUGAACCAACACGUCCGUCACGUAUCCGCUUCGGUUUAUCCAGUAUGUUUUCUUUGGUGUCACUCGUAGUUCGCCAUUUAUUAGACGAUUUCGCUUUGAUAAAUGACAAUUGGAGCUAUUAACGUCGUGGUGUUCAAGAGGAGACUUAUUACUUGGUGAAAUCUGAAGACCAGUAGUGACUUUUUUGAAGAUUCCUUGCUUAGGGUAAUAUUUUGUGCAAAAUGAAAUUUCAUCAGGAAUUGUGCAUAGUUACAGAUUUCCUUUUUAUUUAGUUUCAUUUUUUAAUACCAGUUGAAAGUGAUCGUUUAGAGGAAAUGGUACAUUAUCAUGUUUGACAUGAUACUAUAUAUGCCGAAGGUACGAUACUUUUGGCUAUAUAUAGCCAACGAUGGUUUCAUAUUGUGCCGUUUUUGGUUGCGGAAAUAAUUCAGAGCGUGAAGUAAACAAGUCCUAUUUCAAAAUCCCUCGCGUGACCCAAAAUGGGAAAUCGAAAGAAAGCGUCUUGUCGCAGCUGAGACAGGAAGCUUGGAUCUCAAGUCUGUCUUCCUCUAAUCUGAAUGCUGAGGAUUUGAAGGCCUAUAGAGUAUGCUCAGAUCAUUUUGUCAAAGGGAAGCCAUGCAGAUUGUAUGAUGUAGAUAAUAUAGACUGGGUUCCAACUCAGAAUCUUGGUGAAAGACUAAACUAUAUCCGUAUUAGAACGAGAAGCCCGGAGCCACAGAGGGGAAUAGUGCAGAAGACACCAACUUCAGAUUGUUAUGUACUCAAUAAGGAAACUACUACAGAUUCCAACUUUGGACCUACGUUUAAGGACAGUGUACACAGUGUUUUAAAAGAAAACAAUUCCCCUUUUCUUGGUGUGGCGGAACAUAGUAGAACGCAUUCAAAGGUUGUUUCAGUUGUUCCGGAAGGCUCUCAGUCAAGCAAUACACACUGUAAGGAGAGUUUUGAUAGUUCUGGAAAGACGUUGACACAUUCUGUCCUUAGCACGCAAGACAUUCCAAAGAAAAGAUCGCACUCAAAAAAAGAUCCGUCUUCGAAGGGAAGUGGUCCUUUUAUUGCAUUGCAUCUAGAGGAUCACUCUUAUACAAAAACUGCAGUUGAAGGAGAUUUAAGUGACACAGACAGCUCCCGUACUAUAUCGGCUGCUUCAGACAGCUCCUGUACUUUGUCAGCUGCUUCCCCUCCUUGCUACUAUUCAAGUGAGAGUGAUGAUGAGUAUGUUUUUCUACCUGCUGCUUCAGUCAUUAUUCCUGAAGAUGAAUCAUUGCUUGAUAAGGAGGCUUAUGUACUGGUAGUAGAUCCUGAUCCGGUUUCAAGUGAAGACAGCAGCUUGCUUCGUGGUGGGAAGAAGGAAUUGUCACCUGAUGAAAGUGAUUUGUCUGAUUGCUUAACAAGUUUCCUUUGUGCCAUGGAAGUUAUUGAAAUUUCAGAUGAUGAGAAUGUUGUUGAGGAAGUUCCUAAGAAGAAGCCAUCUGGUGGUGUAAAACGUCCUUUUCGAUGCAUCAAUUCUGAAUGUAGAACAGAAAAGGAUUUGCUUUAUGCCAAGCUGUUCGUUCGUCGGCAUUUUGGUGUCCCUCCGUGCACAAAGAAGAGAAAAGUAUGCCUGAGAUGUUUUGAUAUUGCCAAGCAAGAACAGGACCAACUGGUUAAAGUGGUAGAGUCUGGACAGUUACUUCUAGAAGAGAAAUUGCCUCCUCCAAAGACAACUGUUGUUCUGACAGAUUCAGACUCAGAUCCUUCUGAAUAUGAUAGUUCUAGUGAAGGAUCAGACUUGGAAGUGGAGUGUGACGAGGGCAAGACGGUGGAAGAGACCAUCAAAAGUAUCAUGACCGAUCUACAGUUAGACAAACAGAUCAGUCUGGGAAUCUCCCACCUGGAUGAACGACUCAAAGCUGUUGAAGAGGGUUUUGAGAAACAUGCAGACGAAUAUGCAUCGAUUGAGAAAGAGCUGGACAAGGUUCGCAAAGAAUUCUAUGAUAACUUCCGCCCAGAUAUCAUGUGGCUACCCUCCAUUGACAUUGGUGAAUCUGGUAUAGUCAUCCAUCAGCCAGAUGGGACAUCAGAAGUUAUUGCUGAGAGUUCCGUUUAUACUCCAAUGGAGAACCUACCUCCCGUAGGACCACUUAACCGAUAUGAGCUGAAACCCAAUGAAAUGUGCUUUUGCAUGAAGUAUUCUCUUUUUGCGAGAUGGGUUCAGGCGCAAGUCGUUGAAGUAGAGAAACGUGAACCAAAGAACACACUGUAUAAGAUAAGAUAUAACCGUAAUGCCAAGGGCUCUGGCACUCCACACGUCUUACCUGGACGACAGAUAGCAUAUUAUGAUAAAUGCUCCACUAGAAUACCAGUGGGAACUCGUGUCAUAGCCAAGUACAAAGACGAAGAUCCCAAAAACUCAGCAGUUUCAGGGUCUUUUUAUGUUGGUGUUCUAGCAGAGAUUCCCACUGCAGCAAACAAAUACAGGUACCUGGUAUUUUUCGAUGAUGGUUAUGCCCAAUAUGUCCACCACAAUGAUAUUCGGGUUGUAACUGAAGCAUCGGUAUGUCCAUGGGACGAUGUUUCCUCAGACUCUCGAGAAUUCAUUAAAGAGUACCUGCAGAUGUAUCCUGAAAGGCCGAUGGUGCGUCUGCAGAAGUAUAACUUUGUCAAGACUGAAUAUAAUGGACGAUGGUGGAGGGCCCAGGUGAUGGAAGUUGAUGGUUCUUUAGUCAGAAUGUUUUUCCCUGUGGAUUGCCGAUCAGAGUGGAUUUAUAGGGGAUCAACUCGACUUAGUCCGCUGUUCAACAAGAAAUUAAAUAUACAGGCUCAGGCAGAACAGUUCAAAACCAUACGAAGGAGAACAGCUGGACUACCAGGACGAGCAAUAGUCGAGUAUGGAACAUUUGGGCAAGGUCAUGAUGUGGAACCAUCAGCAAAUCAGAGUGAACGACGUGCUGUGGCCAAAAAGAGCACGAUGUCCCGAGCUGGUACUCCCCCUAAAGAAGUCCAGGUUCGAAUUGAACAAGAGUCCAGGGGAUUCACAAACAAACAUACGUUACAAGAAAAGAUCAUGAAAUAUCGCCGUCACAUGUGUACCAGCAGUUGUCUUGGGGAAGGUGGUGACAGUAUGCGGAAGCACAAAGACGUAUCACCUCUGCUGUAUCCAAUCCUUCAAGGAUGGAAUAGGCUAGUAGUGAAACAAAGACGCAAGACAAUUACAAAAAGUGAAAUCUUUUAUGUUGCGCCUUGUGGGCUAAGACUGCGGAACAUUGAAGAAGUCUUCCAGUACAUUGUUGACACUGAGUCCAGCCUUGAGAUAGAUUGUUUUUCUUUUGAACCGGGAAUAGAUGUGUCUCAUGAAUGGGAACCCUUCAAGAGGAUACUGUUCUUAGAGGAUAUUACAAAUAGUGAGGAGAAUGUCAAGAUUUCAUGUGUGAAUUCUUUGGAUGAGUCUGCUCCAAUGAAACUUUGUUAUUCCAAUGUUCGGCUACCCACAGAACACGUUCCUCUGAACUUGGACCAAGGAUUCCUUGUAUGUUGUGACUGCAAAGAUAAUUGUCAGGCCAGGGAAAAGUGUGCUUGUCGACAAUUAACUAUCCAAGGUACUCAAAUUCUCGAUCACAAAGAAAAUUCCAAUGCUGGCUACCAACAUCGGCGACUCUAUGAUCAAGUACAGAGUGGCAUAUAUGAAUGUAAUUCAAGGUGUACAUGUGCACUGAACCGCUGUUCAAAUCGAGUAGUGCAACAUCCAUUGAGGCUUAAAUUACAACUCUUCAAAACGGCAAGAAGAGGCUGGGGUGUAAGAAGUCUCUGUGACAUUCCAAGAGGUGCUUUCAUAUGUGUUUAUGUUGGAAAGAUGCUUAGCGAAAGCAUUGCUAAUGAGGAAGGGAAACAGAUUAUUGGCGGUGAUGACUAUUACGCUGAACUUGACUAUAUCGAAGUUAUGGAAAAUGCCAAGGAAGGCUUUGAAGAAGAAGCUCUGAUGCCAGAGGAGGAAAACCUAAGUAUAUUACCAAAAGACAACUGUAAAUCCUCUAUAU